GCACAUUCACUUUGCCUUCGCUUUUAGCCUCCGUGCUGUAACUUGCAAGGGACGUCGAGGCGAGGAGGGGGUGUACAAGAACAGAGCUCGCCCGCCGCCGGAGGAGGAGGCCGGGCACGGGCGGAUGGCGUCCAGGUGCUUCUUCCCCAGGGACGCGGCCGCGGACGCCCGGCACCAGUCCAAGGCGGCGGCGGCGGCGCUCGAGCAGCUGCACCACGGCGGCCGCCUCCUGUCGCGCGAGGACGUCGGCGGCGCGGUGCGCGUCAAGAUCGUCGUCAGCAAGCGCGAGCUCAAGCAGAUGGUCGCGGCGCUCGGCGACGGGGCCGGCGCGGUGACCGCGGCCGCGGCGGCCACCGGCGAGCGGCACCGGCAGCGCGCGGCGGGGGGUGCCGGGCCGGGCGCGGAGCAGAGGCUGCAGUCGCUGCGGCGGCGCAGCAUGCGGCGGGCGGCCGAGGCGGCGCGCCGGAUGCAGGCGAGCGGGGAGUGGGAGCCCGGCCUGCAGAGCAUCCCCGAGGAGGUCUACUGACCGCCGGGCGCCGCUCCGCUAGUAGACGAACGGCGCCCGCUGAUGGCUAGUAAUCUCUUGACUAAUUAUGGGUUGGGUGCGUUUUGAUCACCGCUAAGUGCUAGAUGUAUGUGUACAGCGCUGUUUUGCUCCGGACCCUGCUUACCAUGGGCUCCAAUGGCUGCUUAAUCGUCCUCCUCCAGUUUGUGCAUUUUGCCCUGUGAAUUUUUUUUUGGUAUGAACCAAAAGGGGAGGAAAGAUCGAGAUGUGUUUUGGACCUCGGGUCACAAUGCAAGUGCUGAUGGCUGAUGAACUGAUCCCGAUUUCGGCAUCCACCCUGCUGUGAACCUGUGAUUUGAGAACGGCUGAUGGUGCGAGCAUGUUGUUCAGGGGAGUAGCAAGCUGCCAGGAUUGCUGCUGUUUUUUCUCUUGUCCGGCAGUGAGAUUUUACGGUGUCGCCAUGCUAUGCCACUGUGAUCCCGUGAGUGAAAUGGUGAACCGUGAAUCCGUCACAUGUACAUGUACUUUUUUUACUGUGGAGAAAUAGUUUACCCUGUUC